GAGGAAGGCUGUGCUUCUCUGGUCUCAGCUCUGAGGUCAAACCCCUCACACCUGAGAGAGCUGGAUCUGAGUAACAAUGACCUGAAGGAUUCAGGAGUGAAGCUGCUCUCUGCUGGACUGGGGAAACCCCACUGUAAACUGGAGACUCUGAGGCUGUCAGGCUGUCUAGUCACAGAGGAAGGCUGUGCUUCUCUGGUCUCAGCUCUGAGGUCAAACCCCUCACACCUGAGAGAGCUGGAUCUGAGUAACAAUGACCUGAAGGAUUCAGGAGUGAAGCUGCUCUCUGCUGGACUGGGGAAUCCCCACUGUAAACUGGAGACUCUGAGGCUGUCAGGCUGUCUAGUCACAGAGGAAGGCUGUGCUUCUCUGGUCUCAGCUCUGAGGUCAAACCCCUCACACCUGAGAGAGCUGGACCUGAGCUACAAUCACCCAGGAGACUCAGGAGUCAGACUGCUCUCUGCUGGACUGGAGGAUCCACACUGCAGACUGGAG